AUGUCUCUUUCAACAGCUCGUUCAUUCCUGUCAGAGGCUUGUUAUGGCGAGCAAGAACUGGACGCUAACUCCGCUCUUAUGGAGCUGGACAAAGGGCUACGCUCAGGGAAGCUCGGAGAGCAGUGUGAGGCUGUGGUGUUGUUCCCCAAACUCUUCCAGAAGUAUCCUUUCCCCAUCCUCAUCAACUCUGCUUUUCUGAAACUGGCUGACAUCUUCAGGCUUGGCAACAACUUUCUGCGUCUGUGUGUGCUGAAAGUAACACAGCAGAGUGAGAAACAUUUGGAGAAGAUUCUCAACGUGGAUGAGUUUGUUAAAAGGGUGUUUUCAGUCAUCCACAGCAACGAUCCUGUGGCCAGAGCCAUCACUCUGAGGAUGCUUGGUAGUUUGGCCUCCAUCAUCCCGGAGAGGAAGAAUGCCCACCACAGUAUUCGGCAAAGCUUGGACUCUCAUGACAAUGUGGAAGUGGAGGCUGCUAUUUUUGCUGCUGCGAGUUUCUCUGCACAGUCAAAAGACUUUGCAGCUGGAAUUUGCAACAAAGUCAGCGAGAUGAUUCAAGGUUUGGACACUCCAGUCGACUUGAAGCUGAAGUUGAUCCCCAUGCUGCAGCACAUGCAUCAUGAUGCCAGCUUGGCAUCCAGCAGUAGAGAGCUUCUGCAGCACCUUGUCAAUUCGUACCCCUCCACCCCCAUGGUCAUUGUCUCGCUGCACACCUUCACGCAGCUGGCUGCCUCCUCGCUCAUCGAUAUCCCCAAGCAGUUGCAGCUUCUCCUUCAGUACCUGAAAGAUGAUCCGAGAAAAGCCGUGAAGAGACUCGCAAUUAAUGACCUAAAGCUCCUUGCUAAAAAGGCUCCUCACUUGUGGAUCAGAGAAAACACUCAGACUCUGUGUGAAUGCGCUCUGACCAUCCCUUACAACAGUCUGAAGCUGGGCAUGUUAGCUGUCCUCUGCACCCUCUCUGGAACAAUAGCAAUCAAGCAGUAUUUCAGUAGUGCAGCAGGUGGCUCCUCACUUCCCCCCCGCCUCACUGACCUGGUUAAACUGGCACAAGAAUGCUGUUACCAUAGCAACCUGGUGGUGGCUGCUCACGGGGUCAUAGUCCUUUGCAACAUUGCCAUUUCCUAUCUGGAAAAAGAUAUCAUACAGUUGGAGCAGGACACAGUUUUGGGAGUGGAGUCCCUUUUGAUGCUGUGCAGUCAGGACAGCAGCCCCAGUGCACAGGCUACACUCAAAACGGCCCUGACCUCGUUGGUUAAGCUGCUGAAAAAUCGACCCCAUCUCAGCCAGUCGGUUGUGGAGUUCCUGCUCGGCCAGCUCCACUUAUCCUGCGACUCCUCGCGUGUCUUGAUGUGCCACGCCCUGGCAGCCAUAGCCGCCCACCUGCCCGUGUUGGGAGACGGCAUGCUGGGAGAUCUGAUGGAUCUUUACAGAGUGGUCGGUCUCUCCUCCACCGGCGAGCAGCAGCAGGAGCUACUGGUUUCCUUGGCAACAGUGAUUUUUGUCGCCAGCCAAUCGUCUCUAUCUGCUGAAGUGAAAACCAUCAUCAAACAACAGCUGGAGAACGUCGCUAACGGCUGGACGGUGUAUCGUAUUGCACGGCAAGCCUCCCGUAUGGGCUGCCAUGAGUUCUCUAGCGAGCUGUACCAGUGUCUGCGCACCCGCGUGGCAUCGGAGCACUUCUACUUCUGGCUGAACAGCCUGAAGGAGUUUUCUCAGGCCGAGCAGUGCCUGAGUCACGUGGAGGAUGGAGACUACAGCGGAGCCAUGAGCGCCAUCGCCGAGGCCCUGCGCUCGUACCAGAAGGGCAUCGCUUCCCUCACGGCUGCCAGUACUCCUCUUAGCCCGCUUACGUUUCAGUGUGAGUUCAUUAAGCUGCGAAUCGACACUCUGCAAGCGCUGUCGCAGCUCAUCUGUACCUGCAACAGCCUGAAAACCAGCCCUCCUCCCGCCAUCGCCACCACCAUCGCCCUCACCUCAGGCAACGACCUGCAGCGCUGCGGCCGCAUCUCCAUGCAGAUGAAGGUGUGCAUGGAUGAGUUCAGAGGUCUCGCCGCUCGCUACGCUGACCUGCACCAGUCGUUGUUCGAUGCAGAUUACGCCACCCUUCGUAACGUGGAGCUACAGCAGCAAAGCUGUUUGCUCGUGUCUCACGUAAUUGAAGCUUUGAUACUGGACCCGCAGGCAGCCAGUUUCCAGGAGUGUGCUGCUCUGGGCUCUGUUCAGACAGAGAGCGAAUACGAGCGCCGGAUGAUGUCCGUCUUUAACCACGUGUUGGAGGAAGUGGAAGGUCUGUCCAAGAAACAUCCUCCUGUUUCACACCUGCACACAAGUUGCCUCUGUGAUGCUGUCAUAGCUUUGUUGAAAGUGCCGCUGUCUUUUCAAAGAUAUUUCUUCCAAAAGCUCCAGACAACCAGCAUCAAGCUUGCUCUCUCCCCGUCACCUCGAACACCCAGUGAGCCCAUCCCCGUGCAGAACAGCCAGCAGCUGACUCUCAAGGUGGAGGGGGUGGUACAACAUGGUUCCACGCCGGGACUCUUCAGGAAGAUCCAAUCUGUCUGCCUCGGUGUCACUUCAGUUCUCCAGAACAAGACGGGGACCGACUACAAAGUUCCACUGGAUACUAAAACCAACGAGAUCCAGCAGCGCGUAGAACCUCACAACGACUACUUCAGCACCCAGUUCCUGCUCAACUUCUCUGUCCUCGGCACCCACUUGGUCACGGUGGAGGCCUCCGUGGUGGACGAGAGCGGCACCGAGUGGAAAACGGGUCCCAAGACGACGGUGUCGGUCAAGUCUCUGGAGGAUCCUUACUCCCAGCAGCUCCGCCACCAGCUGCAGCAGGGUGGAGCUCAGCCCGCCCCGCAGAGGGGAGCGUACGCUCGAUUUUAG